ACAACCGAAAGGGUGUUUUGAAUAUGUAGUAGACGUUGUCGUUGUUCAAAUAAUACCCUCAAUAUCCUGUAAAGUAUUCGAGUUGUUUACUUCGCAGCUAAAGGUACAGUCACGUGUGCCACAUCAACCUCGGCCUGAUCUGGGGAACUCGGAUCGUUAUCAAUUCCCGAGCGCUUCCUUUUCCGUCUACACCGAUACCUGUACUCUGUACACAUCGCGAUCCAGUCCUCCUCCUAUUUCCUCCUCCUACCGCUGCUGAUAUUGAAUCGCACGAUGAUCCUACGAUGAGCUCGACCAAUUUUGCUGCUGCUCAACAGCGCGUGUUAGAACGCCGACGCUUGCACGAGACAGAAUCUCGCGCCCGGUUUGCGGACCAGAGGGUGUCACCGGCAAACAAUGCCGCCAUCCAACGACUUCCAUUUCCGUUUAACAGAUUGCCUUUAUCAGCUAGUUGGGUAUGGAGUUCUUUAACGGGUCGUGAAGGGAAUCGACCGGCUUUUCGAGUCGGUCAGGUAGAUGCCGAGCUGUUGGAUGAGGAAUUGCUGGACUUGCUCAAGGGACAGGUCGGAGAGGCGUUGAAGUAUUACGGCCCUCAUUUGCGUGAAGACUGGUCGCAUGAGAUUCAAUUUGCCCUCCGAGCCAUCUUAUUCAAGCUUUCGAUAUGGGAUCAUGAUGCUUCCUACGGUGCCGCUUUACAAGACUUGAAGUAUAUCGAUGUUCGUAGCAAGGGUCCUAUUCAUUCUACACCGACGAAAUGGCAAAAGGGUCUAUAUGGUUUUCUCACCGUGGGCGGUCGUUACGCGUGGGAUAAGUGGGAGAGCUGGCUAGUCGGGCAAAGCGAUGGUUAUGAAGAGCCCUCGCGGAGAGUCCAAUUUCUAGGGCGCAUAACAGAUCUGGUUUCCACAACACACUCGGUUGCAGCUUUCCUUUCUUUCCUUGUGUUCUUGGUGAAUGGUCGGUACCGGACUCUGAUUGAUCGAAUCCUUCGUAUGCGCUUGACUCCUCCAUCUGCCCAAGCCAGUCGCGAAGUUUCGUUCGAAUAUCUAAAUCGACAGCUCGUGUGGCACGCGUUUACCGAGUUCCUACUCUUCUUGCUACCUCUUGUCGGGAUAAGCAGGUGGCGCAGAUGGUUAUCCAGAGCGUGGCGGAAGACAAGGUCUACACUCAAGUCUAGCAGUGACGACAAUGAGCCCGAGGAGAAGCGAGGAGAAUUAGCAUUCCUCCCGGAGAGAACAUGCGCCAUCUGCUACAAGGACCAGAACCCAACAUCCACAUCGGAGAAUGACGUGAUGGCUGCAUCAGCAUCGGCCGGUGGAAUGAUUGGUUCUGCACAAACGGAUAUUACCAACCCUUACGAGACAGUUCCUUGCGGCUGUUUAUACUGUUUUGUUUGUCUGGUCCAGAAGCUGGAAGGAGAAGAAGGCGAGGGUUGGGUCUGUCUUCGCUGCGGAGAAAUAGUCAAGAAAUGCAAACCGUGGAAUGGCGAUGUGCUUGAGGAAGCACGUCCGCAAACGACUUCAGGAAAGGCUGUCGGCUUCGCUAUAGAUGGCGAAUCGGAUACAAAGAGUGCAUCUGAGAAACAGCCCUUGGACGACGAGCUCGAGGGUUCCAGGCAGUGGACAUCGGUCGACAAGGAAUUUGUCGAUGAAAAUGAUCAUGAGACUGCUGCGGCAUGAGCUAGGCCACACUUACCUCGACGGGCUCGCUGGUCGGUUUCGCCCUGGAUCAUAAUAUCUUUCAUGCAUUAUACUGUGAUGGCACUACGAGCUAUCAGAGAUACCCACUUAAUAUCUGUCAUUUUAUUCGGGGAAUGUAUUUAUCACUUUGCGAUAUUAUCAACUGUCAAUAUAGGUAUUGAGACUAAACUCCGCUGCUUCUUCCAAUCAGCCCUUCGCAAAUCACUCAACAUAGCCCAAGGAUCCAUACUCCUUCAUCAACACAACCACCCUACAUCCCAGCACAGAAUCCAACACCCGCUGCACCCAACGGAAACAAUGCCAUAACCCCAUUCAACCAUACCCACCACCACAAUCCCUUCAACGCGUUCAUAUCCUCCCUCCUUCUCUUUGCUCUCUCCUGCUCACUCAUCUUCAUCCCCUCUUCCCCCUCCGCUCUCGCCUUAUCAUCCCUCCUCGCAUGCCCCUCAAGCCUCCC